GUCGGUCGGCACGCGUAGUCCGCGAUCCGCAGUCGAAGUGCUCGGUGGUGUUCCAGGUGCAGUUCCAGUUCCCGAUUCCCAAUCCCGCUAAGCUAACCCACUUCCGCUGCGGUCUGCUCAAAGUCCACCGAUUUGAAUACGAUCACCUUUUUUGGUGACCCCAACGACGCCUGCUCGAAAUGGAGAUAUUCCUACGCCUGAUGGCCUUUGUGCUGAAUGCCUUUGGCAUGCUGGUGAACAAGAUACUGGACCUAGUGCUGCCCCGCCAGAAGCCCAAAUAUCCGGGCAUACGCAAUCCCCUGCUCAAGAAGUCCGUCGUCGAACUGGUCACCCAACUGCGACGCGGUGAGAUCACCUCGGUGGAGUUGGUUAGCGCCUAUAUUGCGCGUGUCCAGGAGGUGAAUCCCUCGCUGAACGCCGUCGUCGAGGAUCGCUUCGAGGCGGCCCUGCAGGAUGCCAGAUUGGCGGACCAGUUCAUCGCCAAGGCCAGCUCGGAGUUCGACCGCGUGGCCCUGUACACCAAGUAUCCCAUUCUGGGCAUACCCUUCACAGUCAAGGAAUCGUGCGGCCUUAAAGGAUUAUCUUUUGCGGUGGGCAGUCUGGCUCGAAAGAACAUGAAAGCAGCUCAGGAUGGCGACGUUGUGGAACUGGUCCGAGCUGCCGGUGGCAUACCCCUCCUGGUAUCGGCAAAUCCCGAGUUUUGUAUGAGUUUCGAGACGAGCAACAAUAUCCAGGGGUGCUGCCUGAAUCCGUACGAUUUAAGGCGCACUUCCGCCGGAUCUUCCGGUGGUGAGGGAUCCUUGAAUGGAUGUGGAGCAACCACCUUUGGAGUGGGUUCCGAUAUCAGUGGAUCCAUUCGCCUGCCUGCCCUCUUCUGCGGCGUAUUCGGACACAAGCCCACUGGCGGACUGACCUCGGUCAAAGGUCACUUUCCAUACUCACUGACGGACAAGAAGUUCCCCAAAAUGCUGCAGAUCGGUCCGAUCACGAGAUUCGCCAGGGAUUUACCUCUGCUAUUGGAAAUCAUGGCAGGCGAUAAUAAGCACAAGCUGAAAAUGGAUGAGCCUGUGGCCCUCAAGGAUAUGAAGGUAUUCUAUGCCUUUGGCUACUCGGGUCUGAACUGCCUUACUCAUCCCGUGGUGGACUUCGAUAUCAAGCUGGCCAUCACCAAGGCCGUCAAGUGUUUGGAAAGAGGGGGAGUGCAGUCCAAGAAGUUGGACCUCAAGUUCCUGUCCAAUUCUUUGGAGAUUGGUCUGGUCUCCCUGGUGGACCUGAAGGGUCUGCCCAGCAUUGUGACCCAGCGGCCUGAUCGAGAUCCCUCCAUGCGACUGCUGAUGGUGGAGCUAUUCAACAGUAUCAUAGGCCACUCAAUCUUCACCAAAGAGGCCAUGUUUCUGGAGGUGAUGAAGCGUUUCAAUGGCCUAAUGGCAUCUGGCAAUAUGGAGGAAUACCGGGAAGAUGUCCAGAAGAUUAAGAGCCACUUAAAUCAACUACUUGGCACCCGAGGGGUCCUCAUCCUGCCCACCUUCCAUACCAGCGCCCUCUGCUUCCACACCUCGCUGGUGAAUGUGACGGGGAUCGACAACAUGCUGCUCUUCAACGUCCUUGGUCUGCCCGCCACCCAUGUGCCCAUGGGCACCAACCAGCGGGGAAUGCCCAUUGGAAUCCAGGUGGUGGCCGCCCAAUACCAGGACAAGCUCUGCCUGAAGGUCGCCGCCGAACUGGAGGCCGUUUUCCACGGUUGGGUGCCACCGGUGCCACAUGCCACCGACAUCAAGUGAAUCUUCCCCGGUCAUCUAACUAGUUAAGGUUCAAGGUUAAAUUUAACAGAAAGUUGUAGUUAUUGUGAAGAUUAAAGUGCAAUUCGUUUGAUUCAUGUAAAUCGAAUUGAUCGGAAUUUA